AUGGGUAAUACUCAUGCUGCGAUCGAGGCCUAUCGCCGGACAUUAGAUAUCAUCCAUCAAGGACUGUCGUGCUUGGGCCGGGAUGGGACAGUCCUACAGGAUGCUGGGCAAUACGGCGGGCGCGCAAAGUCUAAUGUGUGCAAGAUGAGCGAGAAACGGAGCAUGAAACUCGAUGUCAAGGGCGUCCAAUUGCGGUGUGAGGUCCAAUAUACCGAGGGCGACUUGGGUGAUCUCGACGUUCUCCAGAGUCAGUUUGGUGAGGGAACGCUGGGACCGCACGAGGAGGGUAUGGAAGCUCCGGCCAACAACGUCAGUGCGGCGAGAAGCUUCUGCUCGCACGGAUUUAAAACACGCAAAUUUGCAUGGGAAUGCGGAGGUCACGAAGAAGGAGAACUUUUUUUGCAUCAUACGGAGAAAUGCGACAGUGAUCUCGUCAUUCCCAUCACUGAUGCCGUUAGAAUAAGAAACAGCACAACAUCGAAGACAUUUGAAAGCGUCCCAGUCUUCCUCGCAGAAUAUCGUGCCAUGCCAAAGCGAGUCCAAUCGCCCCCACACCUCGGAAAAGCACGCACGCGACGGACUGGAGAUGAAAACCUCGACAUUACGCCACCGCCUACAGUGGAUCAUCGGAAUCUCCAGCGGGCUCUCUCAAGGAUGGUGGGCAAACGGCAAAUGCUGGAAAACGAUUCGUUGAAACGAGAUGGGUUCUUUGCAAACCUUACGGCCGUAGCGUCCUCGCGACACGAGCAUCGGUCCGGCUGCGACAUCGAAAACGUCGUAAAAGCCGUCGGGCCGUCUCGUGCCCUUCGAAAUCUUGUUCCCCUCUCGGAUCCAAGACAUCCUCCUGCCAUUCUCUGUGCGCGAGUUCUGGGAUACACUCUUACAGAAGCCCCCCGUCUGACUCUGGCUGUGAUCGUAUGGCAAAAUCUAUCAACGAAUGUAGUAAUGACAACAUUUACUUGCCUUGGGGAACCUAUAUUCAGCGCUUGCGUUGCCUAUCAUCCGUCUCGUCCGGAUGUCAAAUAUCUGCUCGAGUUCUGUAGAUACGUCCAGGAACAACCAUCUCUAAGCUUUAGCACCGCAAAAAAGGCGGCUCUUUUCUUUCUUCGCGAUGGUUAUCACUGCAUGUUCAAGACAGACAUGUACGAUCAGGAGUGCUUCGACCAGAAUUCAUCAGCAGUUCCUGCUCAGAACCCGAACUGUGACUGGGAACCCCCUCAAUGCACAUUUAUAUACACAUCGUUCAUGAUGCACGAAUGGGAGGCCUCCAUAUGGGCUGCGAUAUCUAUGUUUGGUGCAGGUUCUGGAAGCCAUCGAUUGGAGAACAUCCUCACGUGGCUGCGUGGCUUCAAGCUAUAG